AUGACUGAAAAGGCUACAGAUAUCCAAUUCACUUUCUACAACGGCCAAAAGAUACCAGCUUUGGGAUUUGGUACUGCAAACGUUGGUGACAGAGCACCUCCAACAAAAGAAGCUCUCAAGAUUGCAGUUAAAGCAGGUUAUAGACACAUUGAUACUGCUUGGGUUUAUCAAACUGAAGACUAUAUUGGUGAAGCAUUGAAAGAAUUGUUUGAAGAAGGUGUUGUUAAAAGAGAAGAUUUGUUCAUCACUACAAAAGUUGGUACUCCAUUAUAUCAAGACCCUGAACGCUCAUUGAAUGAAUCAUUAAAGAAGUUGGGAAUUGAUUAUGUUGAUCUAUUGUUACAACAUUGGCCAUAUGGGAGUGAACCAAUCUUUGAUAAAGAUGGCCAAUUGGAUCGUACCAAAUCAAUUGAAAGUAAAGAUGCUUUGAAUAAGGAUUAUAUCAAAUCUUAUCAAAGAAUUGAAAAGUUAUACAAAGAACAUCCAGAAAAAGUUAAAAGUAUUGGUGUUUCAAACUAUUCAGUGGAGUUUUUGGAAAAUUUGUUAAAAGUUGCAGAAGUGAAGCCAGUUAAUAAUCAAAUUGAACUACAUCCGCAUUUACCUCAAAAAGAUGUUGUUGAAUUUAGUGAGAAAAAUGGUAUCCUAUUAACAGCCUAUUCACCGGUUGGCUCUAGUGGAGCACCAAAUCUUGAAAUUCCAAUUGUUAAAGAGCUAGCUGCCAAAUACAAUGUUACUGCCAAUUCAAUCUUGACAUCUUAUCAUAUCAAAGAAGGUAGAAUUGUCAUUCCAAAAUCUAUCAAUGAACAAAGAAUAAAAGAUGCUAUCGUCUUAGCACCUUUAACAGAAGAGGAUUUACAAAAAUUGAGCGAGUUUGGUGAAAAGAACCCAAAAAGAUUCAUUGCACCAGCAUGGGGUAAAGAUUUAGGUUUCAAGGUCUGGUAA